AUGAUGCUAACAAAUGUUAAUGGUUCUUAUUGUUUUAAAUAUUUUCUUAUAUGUUUUAUCAUUUUCUCAAUGAUAGUUUAUUAUUAUUAUUAUAAUAACAAUUUUAAUUCAUUGUAUGAUAUAAUGAUUAUUUCAAAUGAAGAAUAUACAAGAAAAUUUCAACAAUCAUAUUAUCAAUUACCUUUGUAUGUGAAUAAACAUUGUACAUAUUCUACAUGUUUCAAUAUUAGUAAUUGUGUUCGUGAAAUUAUUGACAAAUCAUUACAUAAUAUUAGAAUUUAUAUUUAUCCUUUAAAUGAUAGUUUAAUGUUUACAAGUUUUAGUCAACAAUUUAUUUCCUUAUAUAAUACCAUUAUAUCUAGUAAAUAUUAUGUGAAUCAAAUUGAAGAAGCAUGUAUUAUUAUCCCAGGAUUAGAUUUAUUAUAUGCUUAUCCAGAUGAUAAUCAAAUGAUCGAUUUAUCUAUGCGUUAUUUACAUCAUCUGCCAAGCUGGAACGAAGGGAAAAAUCAUUUAAUUAUUAAUUUUCUUUCAAAUGAAAAAUUAAAAUAUACAGCUUCAGCUGUUGUUGCCAGUGCUAGUCAUACAAGUUUAACGUUCAGAUCGAAAUUUGAUAUAGUUCUACCGGCAUUUAAUCCAUUGACUGCUGUAGUGAAUCAACGUAUUCAUGAGAGACGUACUAUUUUUUUAAUUGUUUUCCAAUCAACUGAUCAAAAUUUGAUCUACCAAGUGCAAUACCUCCUAUUAGAUUCUCGCACGUCAAAUUCAAAUUUAGUGCGCCCCAUACUUGUUCUAGACUCUUCAUCAAACCAAUCUAAUACAACCUAUAAUCAACGUUUUGUGCUAGUAUCUGAAUCACCAUAUCGUCAAGGUGUGGAAAAAUGGAUAGACUAUUCGGAAUCAUUGUGUUCUAGUGAAUUUUGUUUGAUCAUUGAUGCGGACAAUUUAAACCGUUUUAAUUUGUAUGAUAGUCUAGCUUGUGGUUGUAUCCCGGUGAUUGUCAAUGAUGAUAUUGUUUUACCUUUCUCAGAAGUUCUUGAUUGGUAUAAAAUUGCUAUUCAUAUUCCACAAAAAAUUAUAUUGACCACUUUGGACAUAUUAAAUGAUCGUGUAUUUCCUCAAUAUUCACGGUCUUAUGCUGAAUGGAAUUAUCCUAAUUAUUCUAAGGUUGGACUACCUAUAUCUCCAGUAUUAUUUUACCCUGCUAAAGCUUUUACACGUACUGGAUUUACUGCUCUCAUUCGAGCUCAUAAUCAUUUCACAAUACUUUGUAUUUUGUUAAAAUCGAUUCAGUCUGUAAAAUCCUUGAGACGGAUUGUUGUUGUAUGGACAAAUAAAAUAUAUCCAGUUCCUGAUUCUACAUUAUGGCCAUCUUUAAUAGUUCCUUUAAAUGUAGUUCGUUCAGCUUAUGGUUCAGUGAAUGGUCGAUUUUUUCCUUAUCGACAAAUAAUAACUGAAGCUGUUUUUUCUAUUGAAGAAGAUACAUGCUUACCGUCGGUUGAGUUAAUCGAACGUGCAUUUGAGUUAUGGUGCCAAAAUCCUGAACGAUUAAUAAGCUUAUCCGAUCAAUCCAUCUGGAAUUUAUUUGAUAAUAAUCAAUCCUUUUCUGCUAGUUUUUCAUCAGUGUUUUUCCAUAAACAUUAUUUACAUCUGUAUACAGAUCUUUUAGCAAGUUCUGUCAAAGCAUUUAUAGAUGAUUUAGAUACAUGUGAAGAUAUCUUCUUUUAUUGGUUCAUUAUACAAACAUCUAAUGGUCAGUCGGUGUUGAGCACCAAUGGCAGUAACCGUUCAUCUAUAAACAAUUAUUCAUCUAAUCUAUAUAACUUAUCAAAUGAAUGUAAUAUUACACCGAAACAUUGUUCAUUUCAUGUAAGUCGAUUGAAAUCUUUUGUACAACAAUUUGACAGAACAAGUUAUUAUCCAAUGAAAAUUUCUCAUAUAACAGCUGGUGCCUUAUAA